UGCGCGAGAGGCCGGGGGUUGGGGUCGCGGCCCGGGAAAGCCGAGUUUCCGAGCUGGAGCCGGCAUUCGCCCUUUCCUUGCCACCGGCGCCCCUGACAUGGCCACAGGUGCCGCGGGUCGGGUGAGGGGCGCUCGGGCCCCAGCCCCUGGCCCCUGGAUAACAAGGGGCAGCUGGCGGCGUCCAUUGGUGCAAAGAAUUGUAGACCAAGGAGCCAUGGAUAGGAGAAGUUUGGGUGAAACAGAAAAUGGAGAUGCUUUCCUUGACCUGAAGAAGCAACCAGCCUCCAAAUCCCCGCAUCGCUAUACAAAAGAGGAACUCUUGGAUAUAAAAGAACGCCCUCAUUCCAAACAAAGGCCAUCAUGCCUCUCAGAAAAAUAUGACAGUGAUGGCGUUUGGGACCCAGAAAAGUGGCAUGCCUCUCUCUAUCCAGCUUCAGGGCGGAAUUCACCAGUGGAAAGUCUGAAGAAAGAGUUGGAUCCAGACCGGCCUUCCCUUGUGCGCAGGAUAGUAGAUCCACGGGAGCGUGUGAAAGAAGAUGACUUAGAUGUUGUUCUCAGCCCACAGAGACGAAGCUUUGGAGGGGGCUGCCACGUGACGGCUGCUGUUAGUUCCCGGCACUCAGGAAGCCCACUGGAAAAAGACAGUGAUGGGCUUCGCCUGCUUGGCGGACGGAGGAUUGGCAGUGGGAGGAUAAUAUCUGCUCGGACCUUUGAGAAGGAUCACCGCCUUAGUGAUAAGGACCUGCGGGACUUGAGAGACCGAGAUCGAGAGAGGGACUAUAAGGACAAGCGAUUUAGGAGGGAGUUUGGGGAUAGUAAGCGCGUCUUUGGUGAGCGAAGAAGAAAUGAUUCCUACACAGAAGAAGAACCAGAAUGGUUCUCAGCUGGACCCACAAGUCAGUCUGAGACCAUUGAGCUGACUGGCUUUGAUGAUAAGAUACUAGAAGAAGAUCACAAGGGGAGAAAAAGAACGAGGCGACGGACAGCCUCCAUGAAGGAAGGCAUAGUCGAAUGCAAUGGAGGAGUGGCCGAAGAGGAUGAGGUGGAGGUCAUCCUCGCACAGGAGCCUGCUGCUGAUCAGGAAGUGCCAAGGGACGCCGUCUUGCCUGAGCAGUCCCCAGGAGAAUUUGACUUUAAUGAGUUCUUUAACCUUGAUAAGGUGCCAGGCUUGGCUUCGAUGAUAGAAGAUGUUUUGGGAGAAGGGUCAGUUUCCGCCAGUAGGUUCAGUAGGUGGUUCUCUAACCCAAGCCGGUCAGGAAGCCGAUCCAGCAGUCUUGGGUCAACACCACAUGAAGAACUGGAGAGACUAGCAGGUCUGGAACAAGCCAUCCUCUCUCCUGGGCAAAACUCGGGGAAUUAUUUUGCUCCUAUCCCACUGGAAGACCAUGCUGAAAAUAAAGUGGAUAUUUUAGAAAUGCUACAGAAAGCCAAAGUGGAUUUAAAACCUCUUCUUUCCAGUCUUUCUGCAAAUAAAGAAAAGCUCAAGGAGAGCUCGCAUUCAGGAGUUGUGCUGUCAGUGGAAGAGGUAGAAGCGGGGCUCAAGGGCUUGAAGGUUGACCAGCCAGUGAAGAAUUCGACUCCCUUCAUGGCAGAACACUUAGAGGAGACCCUGAAUGCUGUAACCAGUAAUCGACAGCUCAAGAAAGAUGGAGAUAUGACCGCAUUCAACAAACUAGUGAGCACCAUGAAGGCAAGUGGGACUUUGCCUUCUCAGCCCAAAGUUAGCCGAAACCUUGAAAACCAUUUGAUGUCCCCUGCUGAGAUUCCAGGCCAGCCUGUCCCUAAGAACAUCCUGCAGGAACUUCUGGGUCCGCCAGUUCAGAGACCUGCUUCUUCCAAUCUUCUGAGUGGCCUUAUGGGGAGUUUGGAGCCUACAGCAUCUUUACUGGGGCAAAGAGCACCCUCUCCUCCCUUGUCACAGGUGUUUCAGACACGAGCUGCCUCGGCAGACUACCUUCGUCCUAGAAUACCAUCACCAAUUGGUUUCACACCAGGACCACAGCAGCUACUCGGAGAUCCAUUCCAAGGCAUGCGCAAGCCCAUGAGCCCCGUCACGGCCCAGCAGAUGAGCCAGCUAGAAUUGCAACAGGCAGCUUUGGAGGGGCUGGCCCUGCCACAUGACCUUGCAGUGCAGGCAGCCAACUUCUACCAGCCUGGUUUUGGCAAACCACAGGUGGACAGAACCAGAGACGGAUUCAGAAACAGGCAACAGCGAGUGACCAAGUCACCAGCACCCGUGCACCGAGGGAAUUCCUCUUCCCCUGCCCCCGCUGCCUCCAUCACAAGCAUGCUUUCUCCUUCCUUCACCCCUACCUCAGUGAUUCGUAAGAUGUAUGAAAGCAAAGAGAAAAGCAAGGAGGAGCCAGCAUCUGGAAAAGCAGCUCUUGGUGACAGUAAAGACGACACUCAGAAGGCCAGUGAAGAGAACUUGCUGUCAUCGAACUCUGUGCCCAGUGCUGAUCGGGACUCUUCUCCCACUACAAAUCCCAAACUUCCAACACUGCAGCGGUCUUCAUGUUCUACCCCACUGUCUCAGACUAACCGUUACACCAAAGAGCAAGAUUAUCGACCUAAAGCAACUGGGAGAAAAACACCCACCUUGGCAUCCCCAGUUCCAGGAACACCUUUUCUCCGCCCUGUCCACCAAGUUCCCCUUGUCCCCCAUGUCCCGAUCGUGCGGCCUGCUCACCAGCUUCACCCAGGGUUGGUCCAAAGGAUGCUGGCCCAGGGAAUACAUCCACAGCAUCUUCCAAGUUUGCUCCAAGCUGGUGUACUUCCUCCUGGGAUGGACCUGACUCAUUUACAGGGAAUAUCUGGCCCAAUCCUGGGUCAACCCUUUUACCCUUUACCUGCAGCUAGUCACCCUCUCCUAAACCCUCGCCCUGGGACACCUCUGCAUCUGGCAAUGAUGCAGCAGCAGCUACAGCGCUCAGUUCUUCAUCCUCCAGGCUCUGGUUCCCAGGCAGCAGCUGUCAGCGUUCAGACGACCCCUCAGAAUGUGCCCACCAGGUCAGGCCUGCCCCACGUGCACUCCCAGCUGGAGCAUCGCCCCAGCCAGAGGAGCAGCUCCCCGGUGGGCCUUGCCAAAUGGUUUGGCUCAGAUGUGCUACAGCAGCCCCUGCCCUCCAUGCCUGCCAAAGUCAUCAGUGUAGAUGAAUUGGAGUAUCGUCAAUGAACAGGGCAGGCAGACUAACCUGUGCCUGGACCUAUGGUGGCACCUUGAUUAGGACUCUGCUUCCUCAUUGCGGGUUGGUUUAUGGAGUUUUACUUUGGAGCACUCUGUGAAGCUAUUUAGGGAAGCCCAGGCACCUGGUGUGGUCUGCACUGAGGGAAGGAUCUUAACCAAUCGAAUGGAGCCUAUGUGGUCUGAAUACAGGAUGCACAUUGUUGUCAAUCCUGGCAGUAGUCUUUUUUUGUAAGAUAUGUGAAUGAAGUGUUGGUGUCUUCACCAAGAGGUGGCACCUAAGGGUUCUGAGGAAAUAAAUGUAUAGACCCUAUGUACAGACUUGUGUAUAAACAACUUUUGUAUAUACAUAUAGGAUAGCUUUUUUGAACUUAUACAGCUGUACAUAAAAGUAGCUGAUAUUAGUUAAGCCUGUGUCAACAAUUUGAUUUUUUUCACUUGUACAUUUGGGACUUUUUCUUUUGGUUGAUUAAAGUUGCAUAUGCUAAGUGUGUGAAUGAAGUGAAUGACAUUGUUGUAUUUCUUUCUGAAUUCAUUCCUUCUCAUUUACAGCCAGCUAACCUAUGAGGUUCAGUAGGUUCCCCAAGGGAAAUGAUCUGAAGUUUUAAUUUUUCUUAAACUUAAGAAUUAAACUCUUUACCUCAUUUAGAAGGAAGAAGCACUGGCCAUCUUUUUUGAGCCUUAAAGACCCUAAUGGGCCAGCUUAGGCUGGAAUGACCCUAUAGGAAACCUUGCAGUUAACACCAGAUUAUAACAUGUACAGUCUUCGAUUAAAAUCAGCCAGUGAAAACAAUGUAUUGGGUAAUCAUGUAUAUGGUAGCUUCUCCCAAACAAAUCCAUGUUUACUCGGGCAAAAGUGAUUAGUCUAUCAACAUCCUGUUCUCCAGCUCAUAAGCCCCUAUAAAAGAAAAAUAGGACCGGAGAGUUCUCACUCAAUCCAUUAAUUAGUCUUUUUUAUAUGAAACUGCCCUCAAGACUGUGUCAACAGACUUUGUGUUUUGUGUCUCAUUCCUCAGCUCAUAAUUAUUUUCAUUAUUCAUCUUAACUGUAUGCACAGCAUUAGACAGUAUUCUACCAAAAUACUUUAGCUAUGGUCUUGAGCCCCCUUUCCUGACUGAAGGUUUUUUAGUCCUACUCUCUGAAGUGGUAACUUUUAUUUCUCAAACUUGAAUCCAUCUGCCCUAGUUCUCAAUACUUGUCCAUGUAGGGCCAUCAACGCUACUCUGACUUCAUGCCAGAGGGUCAAAUAAUGAGGUAGUUCUCUGAUUCACAGAUGAAGGCCAAGGUGACUGAUUACAAGGGUAAAAAAAUAGCCUGAGUCUUCAGUGUUAGGAGUGUUGCCUAUGAGCCUGGAGCUGCCCACCAUGACUUGUUACUUCCAGGAACACAAGAAACUAGAUUGCCUUUCAGCAAAACCUAGCUUUAUGGACUGAGCAUGAGGUCUGUCUUGUCCUUGUACUUCAUCAGUCCUCCCACUCCCCAGGCCCUCAUGGGAUUUGCUCUUGGGAAUUCUUAGCUUUAGAAAUAAAAGCCUUUGUUUAGAAUUCUUGCAAAUGCUUUGUUUCCACAAGCAGAAGCUGGAAAGCAGUCUAAAGACAAUAGAAAACAGAUGCCUGAAUCCAGUUCCACCUUUCCUGUGUCUUCUUUGACUUCCUUCCCCCGCUUCAUGUUGAACCAAGAGUUAUAGGUGUUUGGCGGAAGAAUUGGGCUCGAGUUGCCAAUUUUCAGACUAGAAGCUGAUAACGACUGAAAUGAACAAUGUAGGCACCAAGCAAUGGGCAAAGCCAUUUGCCAGUGGUUGGUGAGAUAGAGCCAGAAGGAAGUAAGGGAAUGUUGCAAACACUAGCACAGCCGAAGGUGGAUUUUAAAAUUAUUUUGGUGCAGGGGAGGGAAUGGAAGCAGAAGAGGAAGCUACUGCAGUCUUCAGGAGCUAAGAGCCUGAUAAAAGGGUCAGGGCAGGAGGAAAUGAUGCCUCUGCUAACAGGAGGGGUCAUAUAUGUAACAACUUUGGGAAGUCUAGCAGGUCUGAGGUGUUUAGAAGCAAUCAGGACUAGAAAGAUGUACAACACAAAGGUCAAGAGAAUCAUGGGAAUAAAAGAUACAGCAGAGGGAAUAUAGGCAAUGGUACUGCAUGGUGACAGCUACACUUGUGAGCAUAACAUGUGGACUUGUUGGAUCUGUGUUGUAUACCUAAAACUAAUGUAACACUGUGUGUCAACUACAAUUAAAUCAGGAUGUGGAAGGCAGCCUCAAAAUAAAAAAGGAA